AUGUGCUUGCAGACUAAGUCGCUGGCAGACGAGUCGGCCUCGACCAGCCAACGGACCAGGAAGAAGCUCAGUCGUAGCGGAUCCCUUGCAUCGGGCUCGGCUGCCUCAGUGGUCUCUUUGAGUCUAUCCGAUAUUCAGGCUCGGCUCUGGAGUCCUGCUUUCACUUCUGAUCUGGGCCUGAACUGCUCUACUACACGACCUCGAGUUUGUGAUUUCUCGGACAAUAUGUGUGGUUGGGUGAAUGACAACAACAACUGGAAGCAUCGUUGGUCUAUUAUUGAACUUGAAUCAGCUGAAAAUCGGCCAGGCUUUCCUACACAAGAGCUUUCCUGCUGUUUCCAGGCGAAAUCGUCUUUCAGUUCUUCCAGUGAAAUUGAAGCUGUCUCC